AGCACUGCCCGUCGACGAGACGACGACUCGCUACUUCGCUAGUGACUCGAGGCUCUUUUGGGUCGGACCCGAGUAGAGCGGCGUGGCCGGUGGUGCGUGCGUGCUGGUCUUUCUCCUUCCCCAAGCCAAAACCCAGAAGAAGAGAAGCGCGGCGCGGAACAGCACGGGGAUGGAGCCCUCGCCGGCGCCGGGAGAGCUGGGCGCGAUGCUUCAGGCGGCUGGCGACUUCGCGUCCUACCCAGGGUUGCAUAGUGAUGAUACUGUGAGGCAGUUCCUGGAACGAUGUCCUCUGCCUAAGCUGUUAGGGGCAUUGCAGAGUGAAGCAGAUGUACCUGGGAUGGUUGAAACUGUCACAGAAUGCUUAGACAAAGUAUUUUCUUCAAGAUAUGGAGCAUCGCUUCUGCCAAGCUAUGGUGCAUUUAUUCAAGCUGGAUUGCUCACAGACUCAAACAGCAUCAGAAAAUUAGCCUGCAAAGCUGUACUCUAUCUUCUUGACAAAGCUGAAGAUAGUGCUGCUGCGGUGGAAACAGUUGUGCAGCACAAUCUGUAUCCUGUUCUAAUCAAUUGUUUGAUUGAGGGAGAUGAAGAGAUUUCAGCAAUCAUUCUGGAUGCUGUGAAGCGUUUAGCAGAAAUUCCUAAAGGAGCUGAAAUCAUAUUCCCACCCGAUGGUCAAGGAUCCGUGCAACUUGACAGAGUGGCAUCUCAGUCAUCCUCUUUGGCACGGAUUCGUAUUCUAUCUUUGAUAGCCAAGCUCUUCACUGUUUCAAGUUAUACUGCUACUGCCAUUCGUGAUUCAAACCUUCUCAGCAUAUUUGAAGAUGAAAUAAAAGAUAGAAGGGAUAUGCUUAAAACCCUCAGCGCGCUGGAGGUCCUAUAUGAGCUUGUUGAACACCCUCACAGCAAUACUUUCCUGCUGAAGACCAACUUGAUUCAACUUAUAAGUGAUGUGAUCAAUGAUUCCUCAGCUGAUUCUGUUAUACGGUCAAGAGCAGCAUUAAUUAGCGGGAGGCUUCUUUCUUCAGCUGAUGCUUUCACAGUGAUAGACCAAUCUUGUGUUACAAACCUGCUCGCGGUGAUAGACAAAAUAUUGAAGAUGGAAGAAAGCCAGAAUACUGAUGAAAUUGAGAGUGCAUUGGAAACCUUAGGUCUAAUUGGUACAACAACUCAAGGGGCACAUUUCCUGCUGACAUCAUCAAAUGUUGCUAGACAUGUUGUUGAGACAUCCUUUGACCGACAGGGCAGAGGUAGACAGCUGGCUGCUUUACAUGCCUUUGGGAGCAUCUGUGGUGCUGAUAGGCAAGAAGACCAAAUGAAACUGGAUGGUCAAGCUGAAGAGUACUUGAAGCGCUUGGUCUAUACCACCGCAGCAAACAGUUCAAAAUUAACUCCUUCAGCUCUUCUUCUAUCAAUUCUGCAACAAGACCCGGAUAUACGGAUAGCUGGCUACAGAGUAAUAUCAGGACUGGUUGUCCGGGAAUGGUGCUUAAGGGAGGUUUGCUUAAAUUCAGAGAUAAUCAGACUUGUUACAGAUCCAACAAUGGAGACAACGAAACUUGGCAUGGAAGCUCGGUACAACUGCUGUGUGGCAAUCAACAAGUCUUUAUUGUCCUCGCAUCUUCUGCAUGAAAAAAGUCUAUCUGAACUCAUUGGAAAGUUGAAUGAUGCGGUGAGACGGGGCCCUUACCUUUCUGAAAGGAAGCGCGUGGAGGCACGGCCAGUGGUGGUCCCCGCAGAGAGGUUUUAAGUUUACCACAAGUCUUCAUCAGAAUUCCGAAGUAAAAGUCAGUCGCACCAUGUAGGUAGAAGAAACUGGGCGUGCCCUGCUUCUGAUGCAGUUGGCUUUCUGUAUGAUAAACGAAAUACAUAUAUGAUGUACUUGGGUAACGGGGGUGACAUAUGUGACAUGCAUGAGUUGUACGAAACAUGCUGUGGAUGCAAGGCAGAGUAACCAUGGUGGUUGAUGCAAAGUCCAAAACAGGCAGGAGGCUGCCUGUAAAUAGAGCAGCCAUCGCUCUCUUUUUCAGUUUUUCUACGUA